GCUUGUUUCUUUUAAAGUGUGCCCAGAUGCCAAUUUUCGAUAUUUCUGCAUUUUGGCGUGCUUUCGCGGUAUUAAAACGUAUAUUUUAUAAGUUUUGUUCUUGGUCUCGAGAAAAGGCUAAAUUUGUUUAAUAAUAAAUUCAUUUAUGUUAUUAAUCUGUAUUACUUAAACUUUUCGAUGAUGAAUAGUACAUCCAUGCGCGUUGAUUUGUCUAAUUUCUUCAAUGACGUCCGUCAAAAUACACUUAUUUGGAUAUCAGACUGUUGGGCCAACAUCAAGGAUGUGCAGGAUCACAUUCAAAGCAUUUUUCGGCUGACAAAUAUCAGUCUGUUAACUCAGGAUGGGUGUUACUUGUCUCCCAAAGAGUCAAUCAAAGUGUUGCAAUCCGUCGAGUCCAUUAAAGCAUUUACAUUGAGCACAACUUGUAGCUCUGAAGAGGAAUUGAGGGAAGUAUCCACACUGCUUUACAAUGAAAAGAAACGAAAGAAUUAUUCAAGAGAUAUGGAUAUUGAAUUCUCCAGCUCAACUCCAAAUAAUCCAAAGCGAUCGAAGGGUACAAAUAAUACAGGAAAACUCAAGUUGCAGGCAGAAGAAACACCUAAAACAGAGAAUUCGUCUAGAAAGAGCUCCAAAAAUAAGUCAAAGUCACAAACGACAGUGAUUGAUGAUUGCGACGACGAUGUAGAAUUGGCAGAGAGCAGCAAGCAAACCACACUCAGUAAAAGUAAUUCAAGCCGUCAGAGCAAUAGACAAAGCCCAAGAGAAAAAUCCUGCGCAAAGCGCAGUCAUAAUCAUAUUAUAUUCGCAGAUGUCGAAAAGGAGGAGGCUGAGCAGCAACAGACAGAAGAAGAGCAAUCAGAGCUAGAAAUGGCCGCAGAGAUCAGCAAUGGUGGAGUACCUAUAGCUAAACCUCAAGUGGAAUUUCGAUGCGCACUAGAAAAAAUGAACCCCACUGUGCGCGUGUUUAAAUUACCAAUUGAAAGAGAAACUGUAAAGAUACUGGAAAAUAUUGUAAUUCCUGCACCGGAACGUCGCACAACACCCCAGAAAAAUAAAGAUAGUAUUAUUGUGCCAUUGGAAGCUCAAGCCGCAACCGCUAAUGAAACCAAGGAAGCUGAAGUACCCGAAGCACCGAGGUCAAGACCAAGUGCGACUACUCCGCCGAUUACUGAUCUGGAACACUAUGAACAAAAUCCAUGUGAAACAUCCGUGAUUUUACCUGAACAGAGUCUGCUCGAAACAGAUUCCGAAGAUGAUAUCGUGGUGCUGGAUGAUACUACGAUGGAAGCGUCAAACUCUUUUGAGAUCAUAAAAGAUAUGCUGGAUAAUGCAGCGAAACUAACAGAUUUACCAAACACUGGCGAAACCAUCAUAUUUAAGCUAACCGAGACAAAAGGAGCCUCACAACAGUCUGCAAAAACUAAUUACAUUGCAGGCACCUGCGCCUACAUCAAUCGUCGUACUAAAGCUAUUACAAUCAAUGUAAUUGCAAGUGACAGCGUUCCUAAAAAUAUAUUGCGUAGUUACGUGAGCAAUCUUGAGGAUUCCACCGAUGGAACACUUAUUUUAAGUGUUAAUUUUCGCGACUUAAUUGAUGCCAAGGUAAUGGUAUCAACGGUGGAUUGAGAAGAUCAUUAACGUUUACAUUUCCAUGUUAAUAUAUUCUGAAAAAAUUAUAUAAACGAUCAAAUAUAUCUGAAGUCUUA